AUGGCUCGAAAACGGCAUGACAAUAAAAAAUGGAAAUCAAGACCAUCACGUAAGAAAAUUCAAGCUAAUCGAAACCGGAAACCAUGUAAAAUUCGUAAAAACAAUUCAAAACCUUCUCGUCCAACAAAACCAUCUCAGCAAAGAAGAAAAAUUGAAAAUCAUAAAAGUAGAUCUUGUACCGUUUCACCAACUUUUGAAGUAGAGUCGAAUAUAGAAGCGUUUGAUGCUCGAAUUGUACAUAAUUUUCUUAGUGAAAGAUAUUUAUCUGAAAUUCGACAAUCGUGGUAUUCUUGUAAAUGUUGUACUUGCGAACAACCAUUGUGUAAUAUGCGAACAGCAAAAAAAGAACAUGAAAAUUAUCAUGAUUGUUUUGUUGGUGAUACAAUUUGUUCAUUUUGUUACGAUUUUAUUGCAAAAGAUGAUGUACCCUUUUGUCCACAUUCUCGUUGUCGAAAUAUGAUGGAAAUACCCAUAACACCAAUAUGUUUAAAAUUAGGCUUUCUCGAACAGAGAGCUAUAGCACUUAUGCAUUGUUAUAUGAGUAUAUUAAUCGUUCGUGGUCAUCAAUCAGCAAUGAAAGGACAAGUAGUACAUUGUCAAGUUGAUGUUGCUGACAAUAUAGGCGAUCUUUUGCCACUACCUAAAUGCUAUGAAUUCAUGGCAGUUAUUCAACAAAAGCCUACCAAUGAUAAUGAUGAAAUAAAAUCAACAGUUAGAUAUUCCGUUAGUGCAAUUCAAAUUCUUCAUGCCAUUCAAUAUCUUAUCCAACAUCACAUUGGAUAUAUGAACAAACAAGUUCUUCCUGUGGAAAAAAUUGAAGAGAUGUUUCAAUGUCGAAAAGAAGACGUUGCACCUAUUCGAAUUAUUGAUUCAUAUGCUUAUAAUAAUUCUACAACGUCUGCUCCGAUCAUUCUUGAUGUUGAUGAAGCUGUUUUUGGUCCUAGUCGUACUCUCAAACCAGGUGACGAUCCUAUUUGGAAAAUUCAGUCUGGAAUGGAAGAAUGUACAUUUCCAUGGAUUUAUCCAACAGGCGAAGGAGGAGAACUUGAUGCUAAACGACCUGUUCCACUUAAACUUCGUGAUUAUUGUAAAUUUCGAUUAAUGUGUGUUGACAAAAGAUGGCAAGCAGAUCCAAUUUGGACGUUUCGAGCAAUGAAUUUGAUUCAAAGAGAUGAUCUUUGUACCGCUGUAAAUUACCAUGCAAAAAGACAAUUUAAAAAAGAUCGUUUAUGCUAUAGUAUAUAUCCAUCUAUUGGAAAAGCUGUUCGAGGUACAGCUGCUUUCUGGUCUGUGCCUAGAAAAAUUCUACGCUCAAUGUAUGCAACACUAUCGAAGCCAAAUAUUUUUUUGAGUAUCAAUUUACAAGAUGAUGUGGAAUUUUUGACUCAUAUUGAUCCAACUCGAUUUGGUACUGUGAACGAUCCAAAUUAUCAUGCGAUUGAUACUUUGCCUGAUGAUGAUUAUUUACAACUUGUUAACGAGAAUAGUGCAUUAGUAGCACGAAUGUGUCAUCGACGAAUGCUUGCAUUUGAAAAAUUUAUUAGUGAUAAGAAGCAUCCUUUUUUCAUUGUGUAUAUCGUUUCCAAUUAUUUUUUUAAAAUUGAAUUUCAACGUGAUGGUCUUCCUCAUCUUCAUACGUUACUUUGGCUUGAUAAUUUUCCUUCUAUUGAUACACUAGAAGGACGAAAAAGUGUUAUAGAAUUUAUAGAUAAAUUCCUGAGUACAUGUUUGCCAGAUAAACAAGAAGAUCCCGAAGGUAGUUGUAAAGUUCGUAUACGUCGAGGACGCAAAUUUAAAGAUGAAGAAAUACAAAAAAAUAUUAAAGAAUCUCAAAUAAAAGAUAUCAAUAAAAAUUAUUUACAUCAAAAUGAAAUAUAUGAGCAAGUUGAUCCAAACAAUGAUCCUGAUCUUUUACAAUUAGCAAAAGAAAAAAAGGAAUUUUUUGAACGAUUGGGAUGUCGUUUUGGAAGUCCUUUUGAAUUGGCUAACGAAACACAUUUUCGAACAUACAAAGAAGCCCGCAUAUUGACAAGAGGUGAUCGAGAUAUUAUUAUAAAAAGAUUAACUGAAGAAGUGAGUUUAAUUGAUAAAAUUUCUUUAUUUUGCCGAUUUCUUCAUUUACAUUUUGUACUUAUUAUUUUCUUGAUGGCCAAUCGUAGUCUAGACGAAUAA